AUGAAUAACAACUCAUAUUAGUCGUAUAAACCGUAUUCUAGAAUUUAGCAAUAAACCUAUCAUAAUAAUCAAAUACUUUCAUAUGUUGGAUAAGUUCUUUAGAAAUCUAGAACCAAUUAUAAUUAACACAAACAAUUUGAAUCAAAUAUCAAAACUAAUUAAAAUUAACAAAAUAUUAAUGCUGAAUCUGAUAGUAAAACCAUUCUUAACUCACAAAAAAUAACAUCUUAAGAAUUGAUAGUUGCUUAGAAAUAAGACAUUAUUCCUGCAAAAACUAUUGCAUUGCACCAAUCAUAAUAAAUUAUUGACAGACAACCAUUAAUUCCGUUAAUUCCGCUAAUGUAAAAUUUAAAAGAAUAGUAUAAAUAAGUAUACUAUUAUUCUUAUAUUAGAAAUAAGCUUUGUUAUAAUAAUCUCCACCCAAAAAGACUGAAGAACGCUUUAAGAAUUUUAAAAUAAUAAAGAAACUUGGAGAUGGUAAAUACAGUGAAGUCUUUUUAGCAAGACAUCUUCAAACUGGGUUUCUAGUUGCAUUGAAAGUAAUUCAAAAAAAAUAAAUUGUUGAAGAAAUUAUGGAAGCUCAGUUAGCUUGGGAGAUUAAGAUUCAAUAUCUACUUGAUCACCCAAACAUUACUAAAUUAUACACUUUUUUCUAAACUUGUAAUCUAUUCCUAUAUUUAACACUUAGAAACUGAAAUCAUUUUGGUUUUAGAAUACUGUUCACAUGGUCAAUUACACAGCCUUCUAUAAAAACAACCAAAUUAACGAUUCUAAGAAAAAGAAGCAUCUAAUUAUGUCCACUAAAUCACCUUUGCAUUAAUGUAUGUACAUAAUAACGAUGUUAUACAUCGAGAUAUUAAACCAGAUAAUAUACUUUUAAGUUUUGGCUAAGCUAAAAUUGCUGAUUUUUCAUUUUGUGUGUACUCUCCUCAUGCUUAUAGACAAACAUAAUGUGGAACUAUAAUUUAUGCUUCACCUGAAAUUCUUGAAGGAGAUAUGUAUGAUAAAAAAAGUGAUAUUUGGGGUUUAGGUGUUUUAACAUAUGAAUUAUGUUUUGGAAAACCUCCUUGGAAAGAACAUUAAUAAGAAUUAAUGAAAACUGUAAAUGGAAUUUUAAAUUAACUUAGGCUUGUUUUAUGAUACCUUCUUCAGCAUCUAAAGAGUUAAGAGAAUUCAUUGAAAGCUUAGUUAAAAGAUUAUCCAGAGAAAGAUUAACAGCAAAGUAAGCAUAUAAUCACUCUUGGUUAUAGUAAACAUAACAAAUACUAUCACAAUUUAUCUAAUAAAAUGCUACCAUAUUUAAUUGA